AGUAAUACAUUUGUCACACAGACAUCGUGCGAUUGAGUGAAUUGGUGCUGACGUGAAUGGGCCGCAACAAUUUCAACAAAAUAUUCUGUAAAUUUCAUCAUCAAACGUGCUUGUUAAAAGUAUAAUUUUUUUUUCCAAAAACAACAGUGAAAAUUGAGUUUUAUCUUUGCAAUCAAUCGUGAACAUUUAUCAAAAUGAGUGACUCAAAAAACGAAGAAAUUCUUGCCCCGUUGCGAUUUUUGGUCAAAGAACAAGGUGAUUUGGUGCGACAAUUGAAAGCGGAUAAGGCACCCGAAAUCGAUGUUAAAAAAGCUGUCAACGAAUUAAAAGCCCGAAAGAAACUCCUGGAAGAUAAAGAAUUGGAAUUGGCACCGGCUGCUGCCUCAUUUGAUCGUACAAAAAUGGAAGUUUUGCUGAAACAACGUUUCUUCUAUGAUCAAAGUUUUGCCAUCUAUGGCGGUAUCACAGGUCAAUACGAUUUUGGACCGAUGGGAUGUGCAUUAAAAUCGAAUAUGUUGAAUGCAUGGCGCCAAUUUUUCGUAUUGGAAGAGCAAAUGUUGGAAGUUGACUGUUCAAUUUUAACGCCGGAAGCGGUUUUAAAAGCAUCCGGACAUGUUGAUCGAUUUGCCGAUUAUAUGGUAAAAGAUACAAAAAGUGGUGAAUGUUUCCGUUUGGACCAUCUGAUCAAGAAUAAUUUGGAGAAAUUGUGCAGUGAAAAAGGUGCCACCAACGAAUUGAAGGCCGAAUGUGAAGAUAUUAUCAUCAAAUUAGAUGGAAAUACAAAAGAUGAAAUGGGUGCAAUUUUGCGACGAUUCAAUAUGAAAUCACCAUCAACUGGAAAUGAUUUAACCGAUCCCAUUGAAUUUAAUCUCAUGUUUGGAACACAAAUCGGUCCGACUGGUAAUAAUAAAGGUUUUUUGCGACCGGAAACAGCGCAAGGUAUUUUCGUCAAUUUCAAGCGUUUGCUUGAAUUCAAUCAAGGAAAAUUACCAUUUGCUGCUGCCCAAAUCGGUAAUUCAUUCCGUAAUGAAAUCUCACCACGAUCCGGUUUAAUUCGAGUUCGUGAAUUUACAAUGGCCGAAAUUGAACAUUUCUGCGAUCCAAACGAAAAAUCACAUCCAAAAUUCGAAACGGUCAAAGACACUGCGAUGCUACUGUACUCAGCAUGCAAUCAAAUGGACGGCAAAAGUGCAGACUCAAUUAAAAUUGGAGAUGCUGUUGCGAGCGGUUUGGUUGCCAAUGAAACAUUGGGCUAUUUCAUGGCACGUAUUCAACAAUACAUGCUGAAAAUCGGUAUUUUACCCGAUCGCAUUCGCUUUAGACAACAUAUGGGAAAUGAGAUGGCACAUUAUGCGUGCGAUUGCUGGGAUGCUGAAUGUCUAACCAGUUACGGAUGGAUUGAAUGUGUUGGUUGCGCUGAUCGGUCGGCAUACGAUUUAACUCAACACACUAAAGCCACCGGAGUAAAAUUAGUUGCCGAAAAGAAAUUGGACGCACCAAAAGUGGUUGAUGUAACUGAGGCUGUGCCCAACAAAGCAAUUAUUGGAAAAGAAUUCAAAAAAGAUGCGAAACGAAUUUGCGAAAAAUUAGCCGCUUUGGAUGCCGAUCAACAACAAUCAUUGCAAGAAUCUCUUACUGCAAAUGGUUCGUAUGAAUUGGAAGUGGAUGGCGAUUUAAAAGUUACGCUCAACAAGAGCAUGGUUGAAGUGAAAACCACAAAGAAAACGAUGCACGUCGAAGAAAUUACACCAAGUGUUAUUGAACCAUCGUUUGGUAUUGGUCGCAUCAUGUACUCGCUGUUGGAACAUCGAUUUAAUAUUCGUGAUGGUGAUGAGCAACGUUCAUAUUUUGCGUUGCCAGCAUUUGUUGCACCAAUUAAAUGCUCCGUUUUGCCAUUGAGUGUAAAUGCUGAACUCGCACCAUUUAUCCAGAAAAUAUCAUCGGCAUUGACAAGAAAUGAUGUAUCGCACAAAGUUGACAAUUCAAGCGUAUCAAUUGGUAAACGUUAUGCACGUACCGAUGAAAUUGGCAUUCCAUACGGCAUCACAAUCGAUUUUGAUACAAUUAAAAAAGAACCACACACGGUAACACUACGCGAACGAGAUUCAAUGUCACAGCUACGAAUUCCACUCGAUGAUAUCGCCGAAGUGGUUCGUAAUUUAUCGCUCGAUAAAGUCACCUGGGAUGCGAUCUCUAGUAAAUACCCAAAAUUCGAACAACAAGAAGCAACGCAGUAAGGAAUUUGUAUUCCUCAAUUGAUUGAACGAUUGCAUUUCUUUUACGUCAUUUAGAAUGUUUAUUUUUUACUUUACUUUUGCAUUUGCUUGAU